AAAUAAGUCUAGUCAACCGCCCACCAUAGGAGACUGGGGGAUGUUCCACCAUUCUGGAUUUACAACCAUUUCAAGGAUAUUUGAGCACAAAGAAGACAUUUUUUUUUUUCUGUCGGUGGGACUUCUGAUAUUGGCCAUCCGGACAGCUUGACGGCUAACAGUCAGUUUUAGCCCUCAUGAUUCAGCGCCUGUUUUACCUGAGUGGCUGAAGACUCAAGGAACAAACAAUGGAUCAAAAUCUGUUUGGAGGAGCCCCCAGGUUCCUCACCCGCCCAAAGGCAUUCUCAGUGUGUGUGGGCAAGGAUGCCACACUGAGCUGCACUAUUGUGGGCAACCCCACCCCACUGAUCACCUGGGAAAAGGAAAAGCUGAAGCUAACAUCUGGGGGCCGCUUCAAGACCGUGGAGGAUGGAGACGUAUACCGCCUGACCAUCUACGACUUAACGCUCGAGGAUAGUGGACAAUACAUGUGCCGAGCCAAAAACAGUGUUGGGGAAGCGUAUGCUGCUGUGACCGUUAAAGUGGCCCUGCCAACAGAGAUGUCUCAGAGGGCCCCUGUUUUCAUGGUGAAGCCUACCUCUGCACGCGUGGGUCUAGGAGGUGAUGUUGUUUUCCUCUGCCGUGUUGCAGCUUACCCUGAAGCCAACUUUGAUUGGGAGAAGGAUGGGCGCUACCUGGGUGAGACGAAUCGCAUUAAGAUUGUUUCUGACAGCGAUAGCAGCACCUUAAAAAUCCAGAGUGUGCGUAACCUGGACAGCGGCACCUACACCUGCAGGGCCCAAAACGCAGUUGGUCGUGCACACGCUGCAGCAGCUCUUGCUGUAGACGCUCAGGAUUCUCGGCACCUGGCUUCAGAUAAGAGCACCUCCCUCCUCUCUCACCUACAGAAGCGCAAAGAGGAAAUGAAGAAAGACAUCGCCGUCUAUCGCACUGAAGAAAGCAGUGCCACAGUUUCUUCCUCCUCUAAAACCAACAUCACGGAUGCUUUGAGUCUGGAACAUCAGCUGAGGGCGUCCGCACUGGCGAAGCUUCCCAAAGGUGUUUUCACCCGUACCUGCACAGUGACUGAGGGCAAACACGCCAAACUCAGCUGCUUUGUGACUGGUCACCCCAAACCCCACAUUAUCUGGAGGAAGGAUGGGACAAACAUCAGCGAGGGACGCCGGCAUGUGAUUUAUGAGGACCAAGCUGAGAACUUCAUCCUCAAGAUCCUGUAUUGCAAGCAGAGCGAUAAUGGUCUCUACACCUGCAAUGCAACCAAUAUGGCUGGGCAGACCUACAGUGCUGUGUUGGUAACAGUCAAAGAGCCUAAAGUGCCAUUCAAGAGGAAGCUGCAGGAUGUGGAGGUACAAGAGAAGACCUCAGCCACUCUGAUGUGUGAGGUGCCUCUUAUAGCCACCCAGGCCAACUGGUUCAUGGAGGAAACACGGCUGGAGCAAAAUAUAAAAUACCGCAUGGAGGAGGAAGGCACUCUGCGUCGUCUCACAAUACACAAUGUCACCACCAAUGAUGAUGGUGUUUACAUCUGCGAGAUGAAAGAGGGCAGCCGCACUGUGGCUGAGCUCACUGUCCUAGGUAACAUUACUAAGAAGCUUCCUCGACGGACAGUUGUUCCCGUUAGUGACACUGUCAUCUUCUGUGUGGAGCUGGAGCAUCCCUGUUCAGAUGCCUGCUGGACUCGCAAUGGCGAGAAGUUGAAGCAAGAUUCCCGUAUUUCCAUUGCCUGCGUGCUCAGACAAUACACACUCACAAUUAGAGACUGCCAGGCAGAUGACUCUGGAGAGGUGGCCUUUGUAGCUGGAGACUGCAAGACUUCCACACGCUUCACUGUCACUGCUGCACGGAAGCAUCCUCCUGAUCCCCCAGUCGAUGCUGUGGUGCAGAACAAGACUGACUCAUCCAUCACCAUUCAGUGGUCUCCUCCUGACAGUGAUCGUCCCGUACCCAUCAAAGGCUACAUUGUGGAGAAGAGGAAGGUUGGUACUCAAACAUGGCAGAGGUGCAAUGCUGGAGAAAGCAUUAUUUCAACAGAGAUUACUAUCUUCAACUUCACCGAGGAAGCCAGCUAUCAAUUCCGUAUCUCUGCCAUGAAUGACUUUGGCCAGAGUCCGUACCUGGAGGUACCUGGAAGCUUUUACCUUGAACCCAGUGCAGAAAUCACAAAAGGCCUUAUGAACAGUACUGCAAUCUCUGGAGAGGAGUUCUCUAUUUCUGUGGAGCUGUCUGCUGUUUGCUCAGGCUUCUGGUCACUAAACGGCCGCCUGUUGCGCAGUGGAGCUGACUACCUCAUCACCAGAAUAAAGAACAUCCACACACUGCUCAUCCGUGUCGUGACCAUGGAAAUGAAUGGAGUUGAGGUCAAGUUUGUGGGUGGAGGUUCACAGAGCAGUUGCAUCCUGUCUGUGAAAGCCCCUCCAGUCAGGUUUACCAACAAGUCAGAUCAUCUGGAGGUGGUGACUUGCAGUGCACAAGCCACUGCUCAGCUGACUGCUGAGGUGUCAGAUUACGAUACACAGGUAGUUUGGAUGAGAAAUGGGCGGGAGGUAAAAAUGGGCAAGAAGUAUGAAUAUGUGAUAAGUGAACGCAAGAGGAUCCUGAUGGUACACAAUGUUACUGAAGAAGAUGUGGGCGUUUACGAAUGUGUUUUGGCUGAGGACAAGCUGCCUAUGCAACUCACUCUUAAAGAUGAACCUGCAAAGUUUCUAAACAAAGCCAGAGGUACCAUGGGAUUGUCGUCGUCCCUUAAAGGAGAUCUUGAGCUGAGCUGUGAGGUAUCUCCUGCCAGCGCUGUUGUUGUGUGGAGAAAAGAUCAAGUGGAGAUCACUGAGGACCAAAGAACUACCAUCAUCUCCAAAGGGACUCAAAGGAAGCUCAUCAUCAAGAGCGCCAAGAAAAGUGAUGAGGGACAUUAUUCCUGUGAGACAGCAGCUGAUAAAGUCACAUUCCAGGUCAAGAUAAAAGAAGCUCAAGCCGCAGCUGCCUUCUCCAACAAGGAGUCCGUCCAGAGGGAGGUGAAAGCCACUCUCUCCCAGAAGGCAACUCUUAGUUGCAAUGUGUCCGAUAGCAAGACAGAGGUGAAAUGGUAUAAAGAUGGCAAGCUGUUGGUAUCCAGCAGGACGAUAUACUCAGAAGCAAAAGGCAAUACUCGUCAGCUGGUGAUCGAAAAGGUGGAGAAGAGUGAUGCUGGGGAAUACACCUGUGAAGCUGGAGGGGACAAGCUGGUCUUCAAAAUAUUUGUGUCAGAUGCCCAAUCAGCUUUCCUCAACAAGGAGUCUGUUCAGAAGGAAGUGAAAGCCACUCUCUCCCAGAAAACUACCCUGAGCUGUGAGGUGGCUGACACCAAGACAGAGGUGAAAUGGUACAAGGAUGGCAAACUGCUUACUUCAAGCAAGACAAUCCAUACUGAAUCAAAAGGCAACAGUCGGCAGCUGGUGAUUGACAGUGUGGAGAAGAAGGAUGCUGGAGAGUACAUCUGUGAGGCUAGGACUGAGAAGCUGGCUUUUAAGAUGCAGGUGACAGAGGCCAAGUCUGCCUUCUCCAACAAGGAGUCUGUCCAGAAGGAGGUGAAAGCCAUUCUGUCUCAGAAGGCCAGUCUGAGCUGUGAGGUUUCUGAUUCCAAGACAGAGGUGAAAUGGUACAAAGAUGGAAAACUGCUCACUUCUACUAAGACAGUACAUACAGAGUCAAAGGGAAAAACUCGCCAGCUCUUGAUAGACAAUGUGGAGAAGAAAGAUGUUGGGGAGUACAUUUGUGAAGCUGGAACUGAAAAGCUUGUUUUCAAACUUCAGGUGCAAGACACACAGGUCCAAUCAGCCUUCUCCAACAAGCAGUCUGUCCAAAAGGAGGUGAAAACCACCAUUUCCCAGAAAGCUACCCUGAGUUGUGAGGUAACUGAUACCAAGAUGGAGGUGAAAUGGUUGAAGGAUGGCAAGCAGCUUACCUCCGGCAAGACAAUACAUGAAGAGUCGAAGGGCAAAAGUCGCCAGCUGGUGAUAGACAGCGUGGAGAAGAAGGAUGCUGGAGAGUAUAUCUGUGAGGCUGGGACUGAGAAGCUGGCCUUUAAAAUACACGUGGAAGAGAUGCAACUCAAGUCUGCCUUCUCCAACAAGGAGUCUAUCCAAAAGGAGGUGAAAGCCACUCUCUCCCAGAAAGCCAUCCUGAGUUGUGAGGUAGCUGAUGCCAAGACAGAGGUGAAAUGGGUCAAGGAUGGCAAGCUGCUGACCACCAGCAAGAAAAUACAUGUAGAGUCUAAAGGCAAGACUCGCCAGCUGGUGAUCAACAGUGUGGAGAAGAAGGAUGCUGGAGAGUACAUCUGUGAGGCUGGGACUGAGAAGCUGGCUUUUAGGAUACAGGUGACAGAAGCCCCAGCUGGCUUCUCUAACAAGGAGUCAGUCCAAAAGGAGGUGAAAGCUACUCUCUCCCAGAAAGCUACUCUGAGUUGUGAGGUUUCAGAUGCAAAGACAGAGGUAAAGUGGUACAAAGAUGGCAAGUUGCUGACUUCCAGCAAAGCAGUCCACAUGGAGUCAAAGGGCAGGACUCGUGAGUUGGUGAUAGAAAAAAUGGACAAAAAAGAUGCUGGAGAAUACACUUGUGAGGCUGGAACAGAGAAGCUGGUAUUUAAGCUGCAGUCGACAGAUGUAGCCGUCAAAUUCCAGAAGAAGCUUGUCAAAGACACAUGCAUUGUUCAAGCAAGUGAAAACAUUGUUUUAACCACUGAGCUGACUGCAGAGAGUGGUAGUGUGAAGUGGUUUAGAGAUGGAGUGGAACUCAAGGAUAGCAGCAAGUAUGAAAUGAAAAAAGAUGGCCUUUCUCGUACACUGCUAGUGAAAUCCACAGAAACCAAAGACAGUGGCAUAUACUCCUGUCAAACUGCUGGUGACAAACUGGAGUUCAAAGUUCAGGUUAAAGAUUCAGCUUUGAAGUUUGUUGUACCUUUGACACCUGCUACAGUGGAGUUGGGAGGUACACUUAGCCUGAUUUGUGAACUAAAUCAGCCCUCAGGGGAUGUUGUCUGGCACCAUGAUGGUCGUGAGAUUAAACCUGGAGGCAGGUACUCUGUCAGAACAGAUGGCGCUAAGCGGGUUCUUACGGUGACUGGCAUGGCGAAGGAAGAUGAAGGAGAAUACAGAUGUGAAUGCAAAACUGACAAAACCUCUGCAAAAGUCACCUCUAAAGCUCCGAGACAAGUGAGGCUGACCACUAAACUGAACAACGUGGCAGCUAUGGAGGGAAAAGAUGCCAUUUUCAAGUGUGCUGUCAGCCCAGCAGAUGUCAGUGUUAAAUGGUUCCACAACAAUAUACCCAUCACUGCUGGGCCCAAGUACAAGUUAGAACAUGGUGGUAGCAGUCACUCACUUACCAUCACCUCUGUCACUCAAAAAGAUGCAGGAGAAGUUAGUGUUGAUGCAGAAGGCAAAAGCUGCAAAGCUACUCUGCAAGUGCAACAUGAACCUGUGACAUUUAAGAAAAAGCUAGAAAACCUGACAGUGGAGGAGCAAAGUGAGGUGAAGCUGGAGGUGGAACUCAGUAAAGCAUCAGAUGAAGUCAGGUGGAUGAAGAACAGUGUAGUGCUGCAGCCUGCAGGAAACAUGGAGAUUCGGGUAAAUGGAGCUAAACAGGCACUGGUCUUCAAGAGUGUGACCCAUGCUGACCGUGGAAUCUAUUCUUGUGAAACUCUGGAUGACAAGACCCAGGCCAAGCUCAGCGUGGAAAUGAAGAAGAUUCAGGUAGUAAAGGGUCUGACAGAAACCAAGGCACAUGAAACAGAGACAGUAACACUUGAAGUAGAGCUCAGUCAGGCUGAUGUUGAAGGCUUCUGGAGCAGAGAUGGGGCCAAGUUAAAGUCAGUGGGAAAUUGCCGCAUCACAGCUCUAGGGAAGAAGCAUGCCUUGACGUUGUCCAGUCUCAAGAGGGAGGAUGCAGGAACUAUUUCCUUCCAAGCAGAGGGAGUCCAUACUUCAGCCAAACUGAUUGUCACAGAACCUCCUGCUAUGAUCUCCAAACCCAUUAUGGAUAUCAGUGUUGCUGAGAAGGAGAAAGUUACUUUUGAGUGUGAAGUGUCCAGAACAAAUGCAGACGUUACAUGGUUCAAGGAGGAUGUGGAACUGAAACCAGGGAAGAACUUUGGCCUUCAUUCCUUAGGUCGGAAGCGCUCUUUGGUCAUCAACAAAUGCACCCCUGAAGAUGGAGGCACUUAUAUCUGUCGCACUACUGAUGAUAACACCUCUGCCAAGCUCACGGUUCAUGCCAGAGAAAUUAAGAUUAUUAAGAAGCUGGAGGACCUGGAGGUGAUGGAGAAGGAGAGUGCCUCAUUUGUCUGUGAAAUCUCACACGAUGAAGUAGAGUGCCAAUGGUAUAAAGGAAAUACCAAACUGAAAGCCAGUGACAACAUCAAGAUGAGACAAGAGGGCAGAACUUAUGUACUGCUGUUUAGGUCAGUUACUCCAGAAGAUAUGGGUGAGAUUAAAUUUACAGCUGAGAAAGCAUCUUCAACUGCAAAACUUAAAGUAAAAGAGCUGCCUGUCAAGUUUGUGAAGAGACUCAGGGAUAAGAUAGCGAUGUAUAAGCAUCGUGGUCAUCUCGAAUGCCAAGUGUCGCGGGCCAGUGCAAAGGUGAAGUGGUACAAGAACAAGACAGAGAUCAAACCCAGCAAAAAGUACGAGAUCAAAAGUGAAGAUGUGUACCGAAAGCUCACCAUCAAUGACGUGGACGAUAGGGAUGAAGACACAUAUACGUGUGACGCCACUGAUGACAAGACAUCCUGUAACCUGCUUGUGGAAGAACAGUCCAUCAGCAUUGUGCGGGAACUUAGUUCAGUAGAAGUGACAGAACCCUUUGCAGCUGUUUUUGAAGUUGAAAUCAGCAUGGAAUUGGUGAAACCUCCUGUAUGGACUUUGAAUGGAGUUGCUGUGCAGGAGGGUGCUGAUGUUGAGAUGGAAAAAGAGGGCACUAUGCAGCGUCUCACUUUCAAAAAGACCAAAGCAUCGAUGACAGGACCUGUGCAGUUUACAGCUGGGAAGAGCAAAUCUUUAGCUCAGCUCACAGUCAAAGAGCGUCCGCUUGAGAUUGCAGAGCCCAUCAAAGACGUGAAGGCGAAAGAGAAAAGCUCAGCCAUACUCACCUGCAAAUUCUCUGCCACACCCAAAGGGGUUAACUGGUUCAAGGGUCCGGUACCUCUGGCAGCAUCAGAUAAGUAUAAUAUUAAGCAAGAUGCUACAAGGGCACAACUCACUAUUCAUAAGUUGACUGUGGAAGACACUGGAGAGUACCGCUGUCAAUCUGGACCAGCUGAGACCAAAGGCACACUUCAUGUUGAAGCGCGUGAAAUUAAGAUCACCAAGCACUUGGCUGACACAGAGGUUGAUGAAGACAGUGAUGCAGUGUUCACCUGUGAGAUUAACUAUGCAGAUGAAGAGGUGCAGUGGCUUCUGAAUGAUAAAGUGCUCUUUACUAAUGAGGUCAACACCAUCGUUCAUGACGGGAAGGUUCACAAGCUCACACUGAAGAACUUGGCACCCCAGGAUGGAGGAACUAUUACCUUCCGAGUCCGCAAGCUGAAAGAGUCCGUCACACUUAGGGUUAAAGAAAAGCGUGCUGUUUUCCUCAAGUCUCUAGAUGAUGUCAUUGGAGAAGAAAAAGGCAUGGUAACCCUGGCGUGUGAGGCAUCUAAGCCAAGGGUCUCCCCCACAUGGAGAAAAGAAGGUAAAGUCUUAAAAGCUGGACCGAAAUAUGAGCUCCUUCACACAGGCAAGUCUUUGGGACUGAUUAUCAAGGAUGUCACAAAAGAAGAUGCUGGAGAGUACAGUUGUGAUCUUGGCACUGAGGUUUCUAAAUCAAAAGUCACCAUAAGAGAAAUUGGCAUUGGAAUCACGAAAUGGCUGAAAUCAGCUGAGGUGAAUGAAGGAGAGACAUGCAGCUUUGAGUGCAUCCUGUCUCGUGAAAGCACAGAUGAGUGCUCCUGGACUGUUAAUGGACAAACUAUUACCAAUGGAGGCCGCUUUAAGAUCUCCAGUAAAGGACGCAAGUACAUGCUGACUAUUCAGGAUGUCACCCCUGCAGACGGUGGUGAGGUGGUCUUCAACCUUAAAGACCUGAGCUCUAAAACAACAUUAACAGUUGAAGGCAAAGCGUCAUCUGUAUCAAAAGGCCUGCAGAAUAUUUGUGCCGUUCAAGGGGAAGAUGCUAUGUUUACCUGUGAGGUGAUACAGGCUCGUUCUACUGUAAAAUGGGCCAAGGAAGGCAAAGCCAUCAAAAAGAGCCAGAAGUAUGACAUCAGCCAACAGGAUAAGGUCAUGAAGCUGACCAUCCAUAAUGUGUCUACGCAAGACUCUGGAGAGUACAGUUGUGAAGUUGUUGGAGGUGCUACCACCAAGGCCAAUCUGGAAAUCAAGGAGCCAAUCCAUAAAUUCACUAAAGCGCUAAAGGACAGCCAAGCAGAUGAGAAUGGCUCUGUGACCUUGCAAUGUGAGACAGCACAAACCCCAUCCACAGUGAUUUGGCUUAAAGGUCACACAGAGCUCAAGGCUGGAGGUCGAUAUGAGAUGUCUCAGAAGGAGGGGGUCUUGACUCUGAUCAUCAAACAGCUGGAGGAGGAAGAUACUGAUAUCUACACUUGUGAUGUGGGCACUGCGAAGAGCAUGGCCAAGGUGACUGUUAAAGCUCUGCCUGCCAGUUUUAAUGAGAAGCUCAAAAACCAGGAGAAAAAGGAAGGGGAGACAGUGAUGCUUCGCUGUGAGUUAUCUAAACCUGGAGCCAACAUUCAGUGGAAGAAAGGCUCUGAAGUUCUCAAACCAGGAGAGAAGUAUGACUUGAAGCAGAAGGAGACCAUUUGUGAACUUCAGAUUCUACAUUUGAAGGUUGAAGAUAGUGGAGAGUACUCUUGUGUGUGUGGAGACCAGAAGACAUCUGCAACCUUGAAAGUCAAUGCUUUGCCAUUGACAUUCAAACAAAAGUUGGAGAGUCGGGAGACUGAGGAGGGUCUCAGUGUCACUCUGUGCUGUGAGCUCUCUAAACCUGGAGUCCCAGUGGAGUGGAAGAAGGGAACACAGGUCCUAAAGUCUGGAGAGAAGUACCAGAUGAAGCAGAAGGCCUCUGUGAAUGAACUGGUGAUCAGCAAGGUGGUGCCAGAAGACAGUGGAGACUACAGCUGUGUGUGUGGAGACCAGAAGACCACAGCCAGCCUCAAGAUCAAGGCCCAACCAGUGACCUUCAAGCAGAAGUUGGAGAACCAGGAAGCUGAGGAGGGAAACAGCGUUACUCUGUGCAGUGAGCUCUCUAAACCUGGAGUCCCAGUGGAGUGGAAGAAGGGAACACAGGUCCUGAAGUCUGGAGAGAAGUACCAGAUGAAGCAGAAGGCCUCUGUGAAUGAACUGGUGAUCAACAAGGUGGUGCCAGAAGACAGUGGAGACUACAGCUGUGUGUGUGGAGACCAGAAGACCACAGCCAACCUCAAGAUCAAGGCACAACCAGUGACCUUCAAGCAGAAGUUGGAGAGCCAGGAGGCUGAGGAGGGAAACAACGUUACUCUGUGCUGUGAGCUCUCUAAACCUGGAGUCCCAGUGGAGUGGAAGAAGGGAACACGGGUCCUGAAGUCUGGAGAGAAGUACCAGAUGAAGCAGAAGGCCUCUGUGAAUGAACUGGUGAUCAACAAGGUGAUGCCAGAAGACAGUGGAGACUACAGCUGUGUGUGUGGAGACCAGAAGACCACAGCCAGCCUCAAGAUCAAGGCCCAACCAGUGACCUUCAAGCAGAAGUUGGAGAACCAGGAGGCUGAGGAGGGAAACAGUGUUACUCUGUGCUGUGAGCUCUCUAAACCUGGAGUCCCAGUGGAGUGGAAGAAGGGAACACAGGUCCUGAAGUCUGGAGAGAAGUACCAGAUGAAGCAGAAGGCCUCUGUGAAUGAACUGAUGAUCAACAAGGUGGUGCCAGAAGACAGUGGAGACUACAGCUGUGUGUGUGGAGACCAGAAGACCACAGCCAGCCUCAAGAUCAAGGCCCAACCAGUGACCUUCAAGCAGAAGUUGGAGAACCAGGAAGCUGAGGAGGGAAACAGCAUUACUCUGUGCUGUGAGCUCUCUAAACCUGGAGUCCCAGUGGAGUGGAAGAAGGGAACACAGGUCCUGAAGUCUGGAGAGAAGUACCAGAUGAAGCAGAAGGCCUCUGUGAAUGAACUGGUGAUCAACAAGGUGGUGCCAGAAGACAGUGGAGAUUACAGCUGUGUGUGUGGAGACCAGAAGACCACAGCCAGCCUCAAGAUCAAGGCCCAACCAGUGACCUUCAAGCAGAAGUUGGAGAGCCAGGAAGCUGAGGAGGGAAACAGCGUUACUCUGUGCUGUGAGCUCUCUAAACCUGGAGUCCCAGUGGAGUGGAAGAAGGGAACACAGGUCCUGAAGUCUGGAGAGAAGUACCAGAUGAAGCAGAAGGCCUCUGUGAAUGAACUGAUGAUCAACAAGGUGGUGCCAGAAGACAGUGGAGACUACAGCUGUGUGUGUGGAGACCAGAAGACCACAGCCAGCCUCAAGAUCAAGGCACAACCAGUGACCUUCAAGCAGAAGUUGGAGAGCCAGGAGGCUGAGGAGGGAAACAACGUUACUCUGUGCUGUGAGCUCUCUAAACCUGGAGUCCCAGUGGAGUGGAAGAAGGGAACACAGGUCCUGAAGUCUGGAGAGAAGUACCAGAUGAAGCAGAAGGCCUCUGUGAAUGAACUGAUGAUCAACAAGGUGAUGCCAGAAGACAGUGGAGACUACAGCUGUGUGUGUGGAGACCAGAAGACCACAGCCAGCCUCAAGAUCAAGGCCCAACCAGUGACCUUCAAGCAGAAGUUGGAGAACCAGGAAGCUGAGGAGGGAAACAGCGUUACUCUGUGCUGUGAGCUCUCUAAACCUGGAGUCCCAGUGGAGUGGAAGAAGGGAACACAGGUCCUGAAGUCUGGAGAGAAGUACCAGAUGAAGCAGAAGGCCUCUGUGAAUGAACUGAUGAUCAACAAGGUGGUGCCAGAAGACAGUGGAGACUACAGCUGUGUGUGUGGAGACCAGAAGACCACAGCCAGCCUCAAGAUCAAGGCUGUGAAGCUGUCAGCUCCUCCAUCAGCUGCUAAACUGGAAUCUAAGAGGCAGGAGACCAAAGAAAAAAUAGAAGGCCAGAUGCCUGAAUCUCCACCCACAGACGCUAAAGACGAGGACAAGAGGCAAGAGAUAAAUGAGAUAGUAGAAGCUGUGACACUGCCCACUACUGGACAAACUCCUAAACAGCAGCUACUCAGACAAGAGACUGAGAAAGGUGCAAGAGAGCUUAAAGUAAAAGGUGAAGCUGAGAAGACUGUUGCUGGCACAGCUGUAAAACAAGAUAUCCAGAGGCAGAGGACCAAAGAGCCAGGAGAAGUUGCCGUAGAGAUGUCAGCAGCAUCAGCAGGGACCUCCAAAGUUGAAGCUGAGAAGCAGGAAUCUAAAAAGGAAAUUGAAGAAAAACAGCAGCCUGCUGGUUCUGAAGUCAUCCUGAUGCCAGAUCCGUUAGAGCUGGAUACCACAGUGAAAGGACAAGGUAGCAUUCUUGUGGCACCUGUGCAAGUUGCCGUACAGCUGUCAGCAACAUCAACAAUGACCUCCAAAGUUGAAGCUGAGAAGCAGGAAUCCAAAAUGAAAGUUGAAGAAAAACAGCAUCCUGCUGAUUCUGAAGUCAUCCUGACGCCAGAGCCGUUAGAGCUGGAUACCACAGUGAAAGGACAAGUUGCUGUAGAGAUGUCAGCAGUGACCUCCAAAAUUGAAGCUGAGAAGGAGGAAUCCAGAAUGAAAGCUGAAGUUCUUCCAGUCGUAUUCAUUCAGCAUCUGGAGAGUCAAGUAGCAGAGGAGGGAGGUAGUGUCACUCUGCACUGUGAGCUUUCUAAACCUGGACUACAUAUAGAGUGGAAGAAAGGAACUGAAGUCCUAAGUUGUGGAGAAAAGUACCAGAUGAAGCAAACAGGACUCAGUUAUGAGCUACAGAUCCUUGAUUUGAGACGUGGAGACACAGGAAGCUAUUCAUGCUCUUCAGAGGACGCAAUAAGCUCAGCAUCUCUUGUAGUAAAUGCUCUCCCAGUUGUUUUCACAAGAGAGCUGGAAAGCCAAGCAGCUGAUGAGGGGGACAGUGUUGCAUUACACUGUGAGCUUUCUAAACCUGGUGUUCCUUUGGAGUGGAAGAAAGGACAACUUGGUCUUUGUCCUUGUGCCAAGUAUGAGAUUAGACAAACAGGACACUUGGCCACUUUAGUAAUCCAUGAUGUAGAACCAGAGGAUUCUGGGAGUUACACAUGUGACACUGGUGACCAUCGAAGCACUGCACAACUAGCUGUGAAGGCCAAGCCUGUCCUUUUCAAAACCCACCUGCAGAACCUUGAAAGGCAGGCAGGAGAUUGUGCUAGUCUUCUCUGUGAGACCACAAAGCCGGGAGCAAAUGUGGUCUGGAGGAGUGGUGACAGGGUGCUGACAUCCAGCAGCAAGUAUCACCUGAAACAGGAAGGGACUAUAGUCGAGCUUGUCAUCUAUAAACUGCAGGGAACUGACUCCGGAGAAUACUCCUGUGAUACAGGCAGCCACAAGACUUCAGCUGUCCUCACUGUGCAGGAGGUCGAGGUUACGAUACUGAAAUUCUUGGAGAGCUGUGUUGUAUAUGAAGGUGAAGAUGUCCGCUUUGAGUGCCUGGUUUCUCAUGAGGAGACGCCUCUGGCUCAGUGGAAACUCCAAGAUGUCCCACUACAGAAUAAUGAAAUGAACCUGAUCAAGAACGAGGGACGGGCACACAGUCUCACACUCAGAGGUGUCACUGCAGCUGACUCAGGAACAGUCACAUUUACUGUGGGAAACCACACUUCUACUGCUUCUCUGACAGUGAGAGCUGCACCUGUAUUAUUCAAGAAGGAGCUGCAAAGUCAAGAGGCCACUGAAGGAGGUGAAGCCUCCCUGUCCUGCGAGACAUCCAGCCCUGAUUGCAAGGUGACCUGGCGGAAGGGAUCAACAGUUCUCACCCAUGGGAAGAAGUACACCAUGGAGCACAGAGCUACCACACACAUUCUGGUUAUACACAAACUGGCCAUGGAGGACAGUGGAGAGUAUACCUGCGAUACAGGAGACAAGAAAAGCACUGCUACACUGGCUGUAAAAGAGCAUGUGCGCAUCAUCAGAGAACUCUGCGAUAUUACUGUGACCACUGGGCAGGAUGCUGUCUUUGAGGUCGAGCUGUCGCACUCAGGUGUCACCAGUGGGGAAUGGUGGCUGGGAGACAACCUUCUUCAAAAUAAUGAUCUGAAUCAAAUGAGCAGCCAGGGCAAAGUGCACCGUUUAGCCCUGAAGAUGGUAACCUCAGAUGAAUCAGGGGAUGUUGCUUUCGUAGUGGGAGAGGAGAAGAGUGUGGCCUGUCUUCUGGUGGAGGAGAAACCCAAAGUGCUAAUAUUAGAGAAGCCGCACAACACUGUGGCAUUAGAGGGUGAAACUGUCACUCUGGCCUGCACCAUCUCUGAUCCCAACUCCACUGUCACCUGGAUCAGAAACAAUGUGGCUAUCCAGGCAGGUCUCAAGUAUGACCUGAGGAAGAAUGCUGCUUUCCAUCAGCUUCGUAUCCACAACGUGGUGCCUGAGGACUCAGGAACGUACAUUUGUGACACUGGAGAUGCACAGUGUGAUGUCAAGUUGACUGUGGAAGGUGCCCCAGCGUUCUUCCAGAAAGAGCUCAAGAACCAGGACACGGUAGAGGGUGAUGAUAUUACCCUGCACUGUGAGCUGUCUAAACCAGGUGUUCGUGUUGAGUGGAGGAAAGGAGGCAUUGUCCUCCAGCCCGGUAAGAAGCAUGAGAUGAGGCAGAAAGGGUGCAUUCAAGAGCUCUGUAUACGGAACCUGGAGCCUGAAGACAGUGGCUACUACACCUGUGAUGCAGGAGACCAGCUCACUACAGCUUCUUUAGCAGUGCAAGUGAAAGAAGUCUUCAUUGUUUGUGGUCUUAAGACCACUGACGUCUUUGUCGGAGAAUGGGCAACUUUCUCCUGCCAGCUGUCUGGUAGGGUGUCUGGCAAGGUGCAGUGGUGGCUGGAUGGCACCUUGCUGGAGAACAGCCCUUUUAGUGAAAUAGGGCUGAGCCAGGGCCACAUCCACACACUCACCUUAAAGAACCUGGCGACAGAUGACUCUGGCACUGUCACCUUCAAAGCUGGCAGUUUAACGUCAACAGCCAAGCUCUUAGUCAAAGAUCCCACAGUUGAAGUGGUGAGCGAGAUGGAGGACCUUCGGGUGGUUGAAAACCAACCGGCUGAGUUCAUCUGCCAGUUCUCAAGGCCAGUCAAGGCUCAGUGGAAGAAAGAUGGGCAACCUUUGCAGCCUGAUGGCCGAAGGGUGGUAGUGGAGCAGGACUGGAAUGUGGCUCGCUUGUACAUUAGCCGUGUGUCCGCUGAGGACAAGGGCACAUACUCCUGUGAGGCAGAGGGGACCUGCGUGGUCGCUUCACUUCAUGUGGAAGCUAAACCCAUUCACAUUGUUCAGGGUCUGGAGGAUGUGGAAACUUUUGAUGGAGGAGAAGCGCUGUUUGAGUGUGCCCUCUCCCGUCCUGAGAACAAAGAUUACUGCUGGCUUCUUGAUGGAAAACCAGUGAAAGAAUCCCCCACAGCUGAGAUUGUGUUAUUUGAGAGUGGUCGUCGCCAUCUGCUCCUGCUGAAAGAGUUGCAUGUUAAAGACAGUUGCACAGUGACCUUUAAAUCUGGCACAGCUUCUACAUCUGCCCAGCUCUCCAUCAAGGGCUGGCAGCUGGACAUUGAAGGAUUGGAGGACAGAGUGGCUGCAGUGGGAGAGAAGGCUGAGUUUUGCGUUCAGCUGACUGAGCCUGUCCCUGUGGCAGAAGUGGCCUGGUACGCUAACGGAGUUGAGCUCAAGCCCAGUGACCUCUGGGCUAUGAGGGCUGAUGGUUGUUCGUAUCGCCUUGUCCUGAGACAGGCACCUCUUUUGCCCCAGCAGGAAAUUACAUUCGCCGCUAGGGAUGCUCUCUCUUUGGCAAAGCUCACCAUCAUCACUGUACCUGAUCCUCCAGAAGAUCCGGAAGUCCUCAGUAAGACUAAACAAUCUGUCACCCUCUCUUGGUUCACACCUCUACAUGAUGGAGGGAGUCCCAUUCUGGGCUACAGGGUGGAGAUGCGACUGGUAGACAGUGCCCUCUGGCUUCCAUGUCAUUCUGAGCCUGUGUGUAGCACAGAAUUUGUAGCUGAAAAUCUUAUCUCAGGAAGCAGCUACAGGUUUAGAGUGGCAGCUAUCAACAGAGCUGGAACUGGGGAGCCUGUCGAGCUCCCUCAGACUGUACAGCUUGAGGUGCCUACACAGCCACUAAGUAGCCCAGAUGUAAAACAGGUAGACACAGAGAUACUGGGACAGCCCAGUCUGCCUCCUGAAGCUGCUGAAGAAGCUGAUCUCCAUGAGCUGUGGGAAGCAUCAGCCAAGAAACGGCGCAUGAGUCGAGAGCCCACUCUAGAUUCCAUCUCUGAACAGCCUGAAGAGGGCGGUAAAGGUGGUCAGAAGAAAUCAGAACAGACUCAAUCAGAGAAAGUGGGAACAAAAUCAGCAGACAAAGAAACAGUCACUGUGUCUAAGAAGCAGACAGAAUCCAAUUUGUGCACCACCUCUGAGGAUGAGUCUGUGUCUCGGGGUUCAACACUUGUAUCUUACCUCAAAAAGAGCAGCACAACUGCUGUCACAGCGACCAAUGAGACAGAGACUAUGACCGCUGACAGAUUCUUUGCACAUUUCCAAAUGGCAGAGGAGAGAACAGUGCAGCAAAGUGAGGUGAAAACAAUGACAAUACAACAAAUAGAUAAAAAACAGGUGUCUGCAGAGGAGACUAGCAUCGUGGAGAUCAGUAAAGAGGAUGAGCCUGAACUCAGAGAGGCUGCCAUCAAGAUUCAGGCUGCCUUCAAGGGGUACAAAGCCCGUAAAGACAUGCGUCCUGUGUUUAAAGAUGUCUUCAAAGACCAGACUAAAGAACCUAAUGGUACUAUACAACUUGAAUGCAUAGCAGAUGGUAAACCUGAUAAGGUACGCUGGAUGAAAGAUGGAGAGCUACUGACAGAUGGCAAGCAUCAUCAUAUUGAUAUUUACAAUGAUGGCACCUGUUCUCUGGUCAUUACUGCCAUUACCACUAAGGACACUGGGGUUUACACUUGUGAGGUUACGAACAAGUUUGGAGUAACUUCUCACAGUGGCAAGGUGACUGUAGGAACGAUGAGAGAGUCAUCGGGGCGACGUCCACUGACAGUAGGCUACAGUGCAGACAGUGAACCUGAGAGCUCCUCCGGUAGUGAGAUGGAUGAGUCACUGAGGCAGGCAAGCCGACGCCUAAGGCGCCUGUUACGCACACGUCUCCCACCAGAUGUUGAGGAAGAACCAUUUGUCAGCGCAGAUGAAGGAGACUUGCGUCCCCCAGAUCCUCACUCUUACCGUGAAGAUGACAAUUACAUCUACAUUCGCUUUGAUUCACGGACAGAGGCUGAGGUUGCUGCUAAGAGGUUCCAGGAGAUGUUUACAGUCCAUGGGGUCCCUGUGGAGACCACCAUUCUGGCAGCAGGGCCUCUCAAAGUGGAGCUGCGGAUUGGAAAGAUGGGCUACAUGCAAGAUGGAACACAGACACCAACACAAGAUAGACCGCCUCCUGCUUUCAUGACUGGAGCUCCAGCUGCCCCGGUCUUCUUAACGGAGCUACAAAGCCAGGAUGUCCCAGACGGUUAUCCAGUCAGCUUUGACUGCGUUGUUAUCGGCAAGCCCCUGCCCACUGUUCGCUGGUAUAAGGAUGGUAAACUGCUGGAGGAGAAUGAUCAUUACAUGAUCAAUGAAGACCAGGAGGGCUGCCACCAACUCAUCAUCACCUCUGUGUUGCCCACUGACAUGGGUGUCUACCGCUGCACGGCCGAAAACAGUAGUGGCAUUACAGCCACUAAAGCGGAGCUCAGGGUUGACAUGUCUUGCAGCUCAGAUUAUGACACUGCUGCUGAUGCCACUGAGACAUCUUCCUAUGUCAGUGCCAAGGGCUACGCGUCCAGCAGGGAAACUGAGACCUUUGAGUCUGUAGCUGAAGAUGAUCAGCUGCCACAGGUUGUUGAGGAGCUUCAUGAUGUCCAUGUCAGUCCAGGUUCACCUAUAGCAAAGAUGCAGCUCAGAGUUAAGGGUUUCCCCAAACCCAGAGUAUAUUGGUUCAAAGAUAGCCAUCCUUUACGACCUUCAAAAAGGAUUCUGUUGUCAGCAGAAAGAGAUGUUCAUGGCGUGGAGAUCAUGGAAGUGAAGAAAGAGGAUAUGGGGGAGUACUCUGCUUACAUCAGCAAUGUAGCUGGUUCUGCCUACUCCUCUGCCCGACUGAUAGUCUUGAACCCAGGGGAGAUUAUGCCACAAGAUAAAAAAGAUCCCAAAGUGCCCCUGGUGCCACCCCGCUUCCUGGAGAGGUUUAGCAACAGGAAGGUGAAACAAGGAGCAAGCAUCACUCUCUCUGUCAAAGUAGAAGGGUCUCCUACUCCAAUGGUCUCCUGGCUAAAGGAGGAAUCAUUGGAGGAUGUCCUGUGGAUCAAGCCUGAAACCAAAGGAUAUAAAAUAGCAAGCUCUGGACGCCAGCACAGCCUCAUCUUGAUGGACGUGGGCACAGAGUACAGUGGUGCCUACACUUGUAUUGCCACAAAUAGAGCAGGACAGUCCAUCUGCACUGCUCACCUCGAGGUGGAUGACACUUCACGCCCGAAGAAAGAAACCGUAGCCUCGGAGGUUCUUGGAAUUACAGUUAGUCCUCCAGAAGAGGAAGCUGGCAGAGGAAAAGAGGGUAAAAUGCCCUACCUCGGUGAAGUAGGUACCGAGGAAUUCCUCAUGAAACUCACCUCUCAGAUCACUGAAAUGGUAUCAGCGAAGAUCACCCAAGACAGUUUACAGAAUCAUGAAGUGCUCCAGUGGAUGAAAUCUUGGCCCAAAACAACCACUUCGUUACGUGUACCAGGUGCUGACAGUGAUGAUGAAACCAAAACGCCUUCUCCAUCGCCUCAUCACGGUCGCUCUCGUCCUCCCUCCCUCAUUGCUGACUCCUCCUCUGAGUCCGAUGAAGGGGAUGCCAGGGGAGAGAUGUUUGACAUCUAUGUGGCAACAGCUGACUACAACCCCACCAUGGCAAGCAAAGAUUCCAUCUCUCUAAAGGAGGGACAGUAUGUUGAGGUUUUGGACUCUGCUCAUCCACUCAAGUGGUUAGUUCGGACCAAACCCACUAAAACGACACCAUCACGUCAAGGCUGGGUCUCACCUGCGUAUCUGGACAAAAAACUCAAACUCUCCGCUGAUACCGGGGACCUUCCUGAAACAAAUGUAGAGGAAGUGUCCGAGGGGGAGUACAAGAGAAAGUUAUUCCAAUUGAUCCAGGAUUUGAUAAGUGGAGAAUCAGAGUUUGUCAAGGAGGUGGAUUUCUUUACUUCCCAUCAUGUGAAGCAUGCAGACAGCCCCGAUUCACCGCCUGAUGUCACCAGCCAAAAGGAGGCCAUUUUCAGGAACAUUGAUGAUAUCAAGUCCUUCCAUAGCAAGGCAUUCCUCCCAAAGUUGAAUGACUGUGACACAGAUGAUGAUGUAGCCAUGUGCUUCCUGAAGAACAAGGAGGGCUUUGAGAAAUACCUCCAGUAUCUUGUAGGUCAGAGUCGGGCUGAAUCUGCUAUCAGUGACAAGACUGUCCACCACUUCUUUAAGGAGUACACUGAAAAGGAGCAGGCCAGUGCAGACCCUGCUGGUCCACCUGUACGAAGCAUCAACGCCUACCUACAGCAACCACUGGACAGGGUUCAGAAGUACAAAGCUGCCCUCAAGGAGCUCAUUCGGAAUAAGGCAAGAAAUGGCCAGAACUGCUGCCUGCUGGAAGAAGCCUAUGCAAUGGUGUCUGCACUGCCUCAGCGGUCUGAGAAUACGCACCAUGUCUCCAUGAUCGAGAACUAUCCUGCCACCCUGGAAGUUCUUGGAGAGCCUAUUAGACAGGUGGGACCUUUCCAAGUGUGGGAAGGAGCUCCUGGAAUCAGAACAUCCUCUAGAGGUCACCACCGCCACGUCUUCCUCUUUAAGAACUACUGUAUCAUCUGCAAACCCAAGAGAGACAGCAACACUGAUACUCAGGCUUAUGUUUUUAAGAACAUGAUGAAGCUAAAUAACAUUGAUGUAAAUGAAACAGUCGAGGGAGACGACCGUGCCUUUGAGAUAUGGCAUGAACGUGAAGACUCAGUAAGAAAAUACACCUUACAGGCUCGAACUGUUACCAUCAAGAACUCGUGGCUGAGAGACCUCAGAGAACUGCAGCAGCGAUACAGCAUGCCUGCUUGGAGUCCCCCUGAUUUUGAAGAAAUUCUGGCAAACUGCACAGCAGAGUUGGGUCAGACUGUUAAGCUGGCUUGCAAAGCCACCGGAGUACCCAAACCUGCAAUCACCUGGUAUAAGGAUGGACGCACAGUGGAGGCAGAUCCUCAUCACAUCAUUAUUGAGGACCCUGAUGGUUCCUGCACCCUGAUCCUGGAUAAUAUGACUGCAGAUGAUUCUGGCCAGUACAUGUGUUUUGCCACAAGCUCAGCUGGCAAUGCCAGUACUCUUGGAAAAAUCACAGUUCAAGUACCUCCUCGCUUUGUGAAUAAGAUUAGGAAUGCUGUCUUCGUUGCUGGUGAGGACGCUCAGUUUACUUGUGUAAUACAAAGCGCGCCCACCCCCAAGAUCAGGUGGUUCAAAGAAGGCAGGCUGCUGACUGACCAGGAAAAAUAUCAAACCUACAGUGAGCUCCGCAGUGGGGUUCUGGUUCUGGUAAUCAAAAACCUGACAGAGAGAGACCUUGGACACUAUGAGUGUGAGCUGUCCAACCGCCUGGGAAACGCUAAGUGUGCUGCUGAUUUAGUCCUUCCCUCUGCUGUGGCUCGCACUGGUGAACAGGCCAUCACCAUUGAAGUUACAGAACAGGAGACUAAAAUACCAAAGAAAACCAUUAUCAUUGAAGAGACUAUAACCACUGUGGUGAAGAACCCACGCAUGAGGAGACACAGAUCUCCCGGCUUGACGGUUGCUGGUGCCCACCAUUCUGAGACUUCCACGCCAGAGCCUCCUACAGCCCGGCAGAAGAGGAUGCCCGCUCAAAGAAAGACCACCAUCCCAACUCUGUACGUCACUGAGCCUGAGGGCGCUGAAGCCCGGGUGAUGGAUAGCAAGCCCAGAUGGGUUGAAGUAGAGGAGGUCAUCGAGUAUAAGGUCAAUAAGUCUCCCAGGCUGCCGAGGAGGAGAGGAAUCUCACCGGCAGGGUCUGAGCGUGCAUCCACUCCCUCGAGACCCAGAAGAUCUCCACUGGAAAACCCAAAUACUAACAAUUCCAACAACAAGCUGGUGGAUCAAGCACAGGCCCAGCUGCAGGGAGACAUCAGCAGCCAGCCGCUCUCCUGGGAGGAAGAGGAGACUCCUGCUGCCUCUGGAUCUGCUUCUGGAGAACCACGUGAGGUCUCAUCUGUCCUUACCCCAGCUGGAGAGGACAGUGACGAUCUGGAGGAUCAACAGACUGUCAUCUUUGAACCUGAUGACGAAGAUAAUGAAUAUGGUCAGUUCAGAAAGCAGGAGCCUGUUGUCUUGAAACAAGGAGAUCACGUUUUGACCCUCGAGGACUUGGAGGAUUACAUCCCAGAAGAAGGAGAGACUUACGGCGCCUCUCUCUCCCAUCCUGUUCCUGAUGAAAAGCCCUGUGAGAUCUCUGUGCUCCAGAGGGAAGUCGGCGGUUCUUCGGUGGGGCAGCCGGUGCUUCUUAACGUCGGGCGUCCUGACAUGGUGCCGAGGCAGAGGAGCAGCUUCUUCGGUCGCUUCAGGGAGCAUCUCUCCAGUAGCCUUUUCUCAUCUGCUGCCCCACAGGCCAGUGGAGCCCGAUCCAGGAUGGAGAGGCACGUCCCCAUCCAAGUGAGCCACGCAAAGCUAGAAGUGAAGCCUUCAUACUGCUCAGAGGUGCAGAGAGUUGAGGGCGGGCAGCGAAGCUUCAAAACCAAAGUGUCCACUCAGACCUACGGUUACACAUCAGUUGGCAACCCUGUCACUGUUCAUAUUAGGGAUAACCAUUACCAGAACCAGUAGAAGCCAGCAAAGUUCAUUUGACACCACAAAUCCUCUUAGUCUUAAAUGGGGAUGUGUCUACUUGCAUGAUUAAAAAAAAAAAAAAAAGACGAAUCCUAACCUGAGAUACAUUUACUACAUUUGACAAACCAUUCCAUUUUGAAGUUGCCAAUCAGAAAACAGGCUCAUCCUCAGAGUUGGUUUCUUGACAUGUUUGGAGUCAGAUGGUCUCUUUGGACUGGGCGAGUUGGAAACCGUAGGGAUAAUUAAGCCACUGUAAGCAGGCUUCAGAUCCAUGCUGUUCUGUUACAACUGCUAUAACAUAUAGUGUGAGUUGUACAGUAUACGUGGUGGACAGAAGCCAAGAAAUGACUCUGACAUUCUACUGACUAACAAUUUCAAUGUCUGUUAUUGAGUUGAAGUUCGUACGAAAACAUUCACCGACAUUUUCAUUCAUACAUACCUUCACAAAAUCAUGAACUUGAUUCACCAAUAUUAACUGAUCCAAGCGUCAUCAUCCUGAUGGCUGCUGCUGUAUACAUACACAGAUAGAUAAACAUUUAGGUAUUUAUACUUUUUUUCGGAUUUACUUUUGUACCUUUCAAGAAAUGAAUUUAUGAGGUGAUGACUGCAUGUUUUACUCAGUUUAAGCAAGCAACACUGAUGAUAAAUCUAGCAGCAUAACUUUGGUGACUGUUUAAGUUCAAUCAAAGAUGUUUGAUCAAAUUAUGGAGUUCUAAUUCUCUACUAGGUUGGAGUUUAGGAGUUUUUCUUUGGUGAGCAGCUCAUACAAAUAUGACACUUAUACAAACAAAUCAUUUGGUAGGUGAACCGAGUCUGUUUUACAUUUGCAUCAUUAAUUAUUGUGAAGCACAUGUUCCUGCCAUGAAUUGUCAACUGAAUUUUAUACUCAGCUUUUUGUUAAUGCAGUGCGAUUAUCUGCAAACUCACAGGUUGUAACGGGGAUAAUCACGUGUAAGUGACACAUAUUUAAUUGCGUGCCUGCAUGUAUUUGCUUCUCUAAAGCAGAUGGUGUUUAUCCAGAGUAACUUGAACUGUCUCCUUAUAUUGAAGUGCAAAUGUUUGUGCAAAGCACUUGAGCUCACUGGAUUUACUCCCUUUUUAAUGCAUUUUAAACGUGACUAGAAUAACUUCCUCCUGAAAGAUGUGUGGCGUUUGUGUUGCUUAAGGGUGUUUCAGUCAGUUACAAGGAUUACGUUAUGUAUUACUAUGAAAGCACUAACAGAUUGUAAUUGCUCGCACUGUACAUGUGUAGUUUUGGACAAAGUAAGGUUGAGUACAAAGUGUUGAAUUAAAUAAAUGUACUGCAAAAUACUCAA